UCCAAGCUCCAAGAGCUAACACAGAUUAUCGACCAGCAAUGGGGGUACUCAACAGCUCCAUCUUCCUUUUAGGCCUUUGCCUUCUCUUGGCUUCAUCGACAAUGUCCUCGGCAGAACCCAAAACCCACCACCAUGAAUUUGUUAUUCAAGCAACACCAGUGAAGAGGCUGUGCAAGACCCACAAUAGCAUCACCGUGAACGGACAAUUCCCCGGGCCAACCUUAGAAGUUAACAAUGGCGACACUCUUGUCGUCAAGGUGACCAACAAAGCUCGAUACAACGUGACUAUACACUGGCAUGGAAUUCGUCAAAUGAGAACCGGAUGGGCUGAUGGGCCGGAAUUCGUAACACAGUGUCCGAUUAGGCCUGGAGCGAGCUACACUUAUCGGUUUACGAUUCAAGGUCAAGAAGGUACGCUAUGGUGGCAUGCUCACAGCUCCUGGCUUAGAGCCACUGUUUAUGGAGCCCUUAUUAUCCAUCCUAAAGAAGGAGACUCGUAUCCCUUCACUAAACCAAAGCGCGAGACAACUCUUCUUCUUGGUGAGUGGUGGGACGCAAACCCCAUCGACGUGCUCAGGCAGUCGACUCGGACCGGAGGUGCUCCUAAUGUUUCUGAUGCAUACACCAUCAAUGGUCAACCUGGUGAUCUUUACAAGUGCUCGAGCAAAGACACAGUGAUAGUUCCAAUAGCCUCCGGCGAGACCAACCUCAUCCGAGUCGUCAACUCCGCCCUUAACCAAGAACUAUUCUUCACCGUGGCCAACCAUAAACUCACCGUUGUGGGUGCAGAUGCCUCGUACACCAAGCCGUUCACCACCACCACCCUCAUGCUAGGCCCGGGCCAAACCACCGACGUGUUAAUCACCGGCGACCAGCCACCUUCCCGGUAUUACAUGGCUGCGCGUGCUUAUUUCAGUGCGCAAAAUGCACAGUUCGACAACACCACCACCACCGCCAUUCUUGAGUACAAGUCUGCCCCAUGCAGCAACUGCAAAAACGGCCCAUCAACUAAACCCGUCAUGCCCGCACUCCCUGCUUUCAACGACACAAACACCGCCACCGCCUUCACCACCAGUUUCCGUAGCCCUAGAAAAGUCGAAGUCCCCACCGACAUCGACGAGAACCUCUUCUUCACCGUGGGCCUCGGACUCAACAACUGCCCCAAAAACUUCCCCUCCAGUAGGUGCCAGGGCCCUAACGGCACGCGCUUCACCGCCAGCACGAACAAUAUCUCUUUUGUGCUACCAAACAACAUCUCCAUCCUUCAAGCUUACCAGCAGAACAUCCCCGGAGUCGUCACUUAUGAUUUCCCGGCAAACCCACCGCUGCAGUUUGACUACACCGGCAACGUGAGCAGAUCAAUCUGGCAGCCCAGCUCUGGGACCAAGGGCUACAGGUUGAAAUAUGGAUCAAGAGUCCAGGUUGUACUGCAAGGCACUAGUAUUGUCACACCCGAAAACCACCCCAUCCAUCUCCACGGAUACGAUUUCUAUAUCUUAGCCGAAGGGUUUGGAAAUUUCAAUGCCCAGACUGACACUCAAAAGUUCAACCUGAUUGAUCCUCCUCUGAGGAACACAGUUGCAGUACCAGCGAAUGGUUGGGCCGUCAUAAGAUUCGUGGCUGACAAUCCAGGUGCUUGGAUUAUGCAUUGUCAUUUGGAUGUUCACAUCAACUGGGGUUUGGCUAUGGUUUUCUUGGUGGAUAACGGAGUCGGAGAGCUCCAGUCGAUUGAACCUCCACCGGCGGAUCUUCCCGUGUGUUAAGUACCUAGACCAACGAAUCAUCUUGUUGAAAACCUAAUUACAGGGUUCUCAGUUUUUCCUUAAUAUAUUGUUCUAGUUACAAUUAUGUACGUUGUUGUUUAAUCCCCUGCAUUUUGGGGUCUAGUUUGUGUUCUGUUCUUUUUGAUACUUGAAAUGGGAUUGGAGAAAAUAUAUAGUGCUGGGAUUCCAAAACCGUGCAUUAUACGAUCUAUCCACAGGGCGGCCCAUAUUUUUCAUCGACUUUCAGCAUUUGUGUUUCCACUAAGAAAGUAUUGAUAAACACUGAAUAGAUUAUACAAAUGUUCUCUUUU